AUGGCAGCAGCUGGAGAUCUACUGGAUCAGGACCAGUUCAGCUGUUCAAUCUGUCUGGAUCUACUGAAAGACCCGGUGACUAUUCCCUGUGGACACAGUUACUGUAUGGACUGUAUUAAGGGCUGCUGGGAUCAGGGUGAUCAAACUGGUGUCUACAGCUGUCCCCAGUGCAGACAAACCUUUGCCCCAAGGCCUAUUCUGGGCAGAAACACCAUGCUGGCUGAAGUGGUGGAGAAACUGAAGACGACAGAACUCCAAGCUGCUCCUCCUGCUCACUGUUACGCUGGACCUGGAGACGUGGCGUGUGAUGUCUGCACUGGGAGAAAGCGCAAAGCCACCAAAUCCUGUCUGGAGUGCUUGGCCUCUUACUGUGAAAUGGAUCUAAUGCUUCACGAAAAACUCAAUCGAGGGAAAGCUAUGCUGAUGGAGACCGCGGGACAUCCAGCAAAGAGACACAAACUGAUAGAAGCCACCGCACAACUGGAGGAGAAGAUCUGCUCUCGUCACUGCAUGCCACUGGAGGUUUACUGCCGUUCUGAUCAGCAGUGUAUCUGUCUGCUGUGUGUGAUGGAUGAACACAGAGGCCAUGAUACAGUCUCAGCUGCAGCAGAAAUGACCGUUAAACAGAGUCAGCUGGGGGAGACACAGAGGAAAUCCCAGCAGAGAAUCCAGGAGAGAGAGAAGGAGCUGCAGGAUCUGAGACAGGCUGUGAAGUCACUCACGCGCUCUGCACAGGCAGCAGUGGAGGACAGUGAGAGGAUCUUUACUGAGCUGAUCCGCUCCAUUGAGAGAAGGCGCUCUGAGGUGAAAGAGCUGAUCAGGGAUCAGGAGAAGGCUGCAGUAAGUUGGAGUAUAGGACUCCUGGAGCGACUGGAGCAGGAGAUUGCUGAGCUGAAGAGGAGAGAUGCUGAGAUGGAGCAGCUUUUACAAGCAGAGGAUCACAUCCAUUUCCUUCAGAACUUCCAUUUUUUCUCUUCCUCAUCUGGACAUGGAGACUUACCCAGCAUCACUGUGAAUCCAGAUGUCUCUUUUGGGUUUGCGAAGAAAUCUGUCUCUGAACUGAAAGAGCGAUUGGAGGACGUCUGCAAGGAGGAACUGGCCAAGUUUUAUGGAACAGUAAAAGGAGUCUAUAAUGUAAGUGUUCCCGAACCAAGGACCAGAGCGGAGUUCUUAAAAUAUGCCUGCCAGCUCACGUUGGACCCAAACACAGCCCACAGACACCUCUGUGUGUCUGAGGGAGACGGAGUGGUCAAACAUGUGGGAGAGGAGCAGCCAUAUCCUGAUCAUCCAGACAGGUUCGAGAACUUUUGCCAAGUGCUGUGCAGAGAGGGCCUGUCUGGGCGCUAUUACUGGGAGACCCGGUGGAGUGGGCAACAAAGGAUGAUAGCUACGUCCUAUAAGACGGUGGGUCGGAAAGAAAGAUGUGCCGCUGGCGGGUUUGGAUUCAAUCAGAACUCCUGGAAUCUGUAUUUCUGCGCUUCCAAGUACAGCUGCUACCACAACGGAGAGAAAACGGACAUCCCCACCCCCACCUCAGCAAGAAUAGGAGUUUACCUGGAUCACAGCGCGGGAAUUCUGUCCUUCUACAGCGUCUCUGACACAAUGACCCUCCUCCACAGAGUCCGGACCACAUUCACUCAGCCCCUCUAUCCUGGGUUUUGGCUUGGACCUCAGUCGAGUGCUAAACUGGGCUUCUUGCGGUGA